AUGUUACUUUUACUGUUUGUAUUACUUAAUAAUAUCAUAUACCCAACAUUAGCUAUAUAUCCAGAUGAUGAUUGCAAUAAGUGUAAACAUGCUGCAAAAAGUUUUAUCUUAGGAUUUCACAAAUCAGCUGGCAAAAAUUUUGGAGGAGGGAAUUCUUUGUGGGAAGAAAAGCACCUAGGGAGCUAUUCUGUUAGCGAAGUGCGCUACCACGAUAUUGUUGAAGGGAUCUGUAGUGAUGUCAAGCAAGCAGUUAAAUGUCAUGAGUUUUUAGAAAGUAUUGAGCAUCAUUUAGAAGAUUGGUGGCUUAGGGAAUACAGGAUUGAUUCUAAUAAAGUACAAGGGUUUGAGGAAGAUUUAUGCGUCACUCGGACCAAGUUUUGCUGUCCUGCCAACUCCUUUGGGAAUUCUUGUCUUCCAUGUCAUCCAUGUUACCUUUUUGGUGGCAGGUGUGAUGGUAAUGGGACACGUUCUGGAACAGGUAAUUGUAUUUGCAACGACGGAUAUACAGGAGAGUUAUGCGACAAGUGCACCUUUGAAACUCAUUUCCAGUCCCACAGUGACUUCCCAAUAUCAUGCACACGAUGUCAUUUGUCGUGCUCCGGUGGUUGUUCUGGUCCAUUUCCUGAAAACUGUUCUGCGUGUGCCGCUGGAUGGAUCAAAGUAGACUCCGGUGAUCAACGAGGAUGUGUUGAUAUAAAUGAAUGUAUUGAUAGUCCUUGCAACAGGUCUACACAUUUUUGCUUAAACAAACCUGGUUCUUACGAAUGUGUUCCCUGUCAUCCUGCUUGUAACAAAUGUUCUGGUUCGACUGCGAACGAUUGUGAAUCUUGUGCAAGCGGUUACCAAAGAGGAAACGGAGACGUAUGUGAAGAUAUAAACGAAUGUAAUGCUGACAGCAAUAUUUGUAAUAGCGAAGGAGAAAGUUGCACGAACACAGUUGGUAGUUUUAA